CUGUUUGGAAAUCCUUCGAGAUUCGACUCAACCAAAAUCGACUUCGAAAAGCCCGCUAUUGCUGCACGCGAGGGCAUCAUCUACCUACACCUCUUGAUCGAUAAUUAAUGCCCCUUUACUCGUGAUUUACCAUCCAAUCUGUUUCUGUUCCUCCUCUUGCUGACAAAAUAUGUUGUUAGCUUGAAUCCGCCCACAGCACACAGCCUCACCUCACCUUUUCGACGGGAGUUUUCGGUCCUAGAUCAUCAACGAUGAACGAAGCUCGUCUUUCUUGAACAUUUCAUGCGCCUCUGCUCUCAACUAUUUCUCUUGAUAUUUCCAGCCUUCGCCUCAUCAAGACAUGCCUGCGCUUCGGAGAAAAGAUCUGCUAUCUAGCAGACGGCGCCGCCCGGACGAAGGAGAAGACGAUGGAUCAAUCGCUGGAGACUAUGUCGAUUCCUCAAGUGAAGGCUCUGCUGUCAGCGAUGGUGACGAUGAAGCGGAAGCUGAGGGCAGUGAGUCCAGUGGUGAUGAGCACGAAUCGCCCAAAGCCACAGUUGGGAAGAAGACAACCAUCACUGAACAUGCGAAUCAACGGUCAGACCUCAACGAACCUCAAGAACCUCAUCCCAAGACGAACGGAGCUUUCACGACGACUGCCGAAACUCAAGCCAUCUUAUACGGAUUAGGUCAAGUGCAGGACCAGCAAGAGAUGGAACAAGUCCACUUCGACGAUCUACAUGCUAGGGACGAAGCGAUAUCUGAGGCAUCAGUCACUGCCCCUCGAGCACCACGCAGCGAGACAGCAGCUCAGCGGAGUUUUAGAGAACAUCAAGAAUACAUUCGACAGCGUAAUACCAACCCUGCGUUUGUACCGAACAGAGGGAAAUUCUUCCUGCAUGAUGACCGUACUUCCGCAUCGAAUGGGGCGCUUUCCAGGCCGUUUGUCCGAGGAAGAGGUCGAGGUUACGGCCCAAUGAAUGCCGGCAGGGGCUUUGGUAUCAAUGAGCCGACAGACCGGCCCUGGGCUCAUGAUUUACACGAGGGCCACGAGUUGGGCCCGAGCUCGGUGCCAUCACAAACUCAACCAGUUCCUGGAGCACGGACGAGCCGAGCUAGAAACUCACCAGCUACAGCACCACCAAACAGGUCUUUUUCGUUCACCAAUGUGCUGGGCAACGUUAGCGUUCAGAUAUCCUUUCCAGGUAUGCAACAAAAGAAGAUUGUCUCGAAUGUUGUCAAGAAGCAUCACACGCUGCUUCCGCAACACCGUCCGCCUCUAAGACGUGACAAACCGGUUCGAGUUUCCAUACCAGAUGAGCCAGCCAAAUAUGUCUUUCCAAGCACCGAAAGAUCAUUUAUCUUCAUCCCUCGUGCGAUGCGACCGAAUCAGCAGGGCUACUAUCGGGGUCGUGGUAGGGGAAGCUUCCAUGGUAGUCGACGGCCCAGCAUAUAUGGCAGUGUAUAUACUCCCAGCAUCGCGAUGAGUCGGAAGUCUUCGAUCGGGGCCUCGACAAUGAGGGAUGGAAUCAGGUCCCCUGCAGACUCUGUUAUAUCCCGUAUGGGUGCGUCUAGCAUGGAUUUUGCUCGACCCAUCGUCCGAAUGCCUUCAGGCGUUCCAACUCCAUCAAUCUCGAGGACAGGAAUGCCGGUUGUCAAUGGACCUAUGGGGGUCAGUGUCAUGCCGUCAAAUGUCCCACCUCCGGCUUUCUAUGGCAGCCAUAGCACUGCUAUACCUAUGCAUCAGCCUCGACCACAAAAAGCUGUCUCUGUUGCGGAUAUCGAAUCGCCCGCCUCGUUUUCCGUGAAGGCUCCUCAACAACAACAGGAAUACCCGUUUCAUCAGCAAGUGCCGGCCCACAUGGCUGCGUCUCACGCUGAAGAGAGGAUCCCUCCGGCGCAACAACCUGUACCAGGAAUGGCCGGCACGACGCCUCUUUCCCAGAUACCAGAGGGUGCUGUAUUUGCGCAAGGUUUCCACCCAUAUCCCGUUAUGGGAGGGCAAGGGUAUUUCACUACACCUUAUGCCAAUGGGCUUAUCUACUAUCCAGGGAUGGGCAAUAACGGCUCGUUCAAUAUUCCCAUUGCAGGUCCAGCUAUGGCCCCUAGCUUCAUACCAGGCUCGCAAGCACAUCCCGUCAAUUACAUGCAUGCUCCAGGUCCAGCCGAUGGUGGCACAGGCAAUAAUUUGAUGGCUCAUGAGUCGAAUGGCAUGGUCUACUACUAUAAUAAUCCACCUGCCUAUACUCCAGACUCUCAAGGCGGCUUUCAACCUUAUCCGCCUGCCACUGGACAUGUGAUGCCAAUGGCGAACGGACUACCGUCUCAACCUCUUUAUUAUUCUGGGGUGUCCAAUGGUAUGUUCUAUCCGGCGCAAAUGGGUUGAAUAAUCGUGCGUGUUUGCUCUCCUUUGAUAAAUUUCAGUUUGGUUUGAUUAGCGGGUUGUGGAGUUGCUUUUGCAUCUGGCAUUUUGCAGGAUGAGCGGGUUUGCCUGAGGUUGACCGGUUUUCAAAAGCGUUGACCUGUUUCCAUCUGUGGCUGCUCACUGUGGAGUCGAGAAAUAACUUCCAUUGUCAUUCAUGUAUAGUAUUCGGGUUUUGAGUCGAACGAGACGUGAAGAUGGCGGGACAAAGCGGGCUGAGCGUGACUACAGGGAGUUUGAGACAACCAGCGCGAGUACAAGGCUGAUCUGAUGCCUUCACAUAAUGAUUGGCGUAUCCGGCAUGUUACAAUAUUUGGUCAGCAAUUGCAUUGGCCAUCUUGCUACAGUAAUAAAGCUUCUGUGGGAGUACUUUAGGCGAACCAC